AUGGACCAACAAACCGAUGAGCAGAUUAGAAUGAAUACAUCGGCGGUGGCGAUUUCGGUAGUGGGAAUUAUAUCCUCUCUUGUCACAUGUUUCACGAAUGUUAUACUAUUAAAAACUUAUAUGAAAAAGAAAAAUGACAUGGCUCUAUUCUACUACCGAUUCACUUUGGAUGUGAUAUUAGGAGCACUGGUUGCUGCUUCUCUACUAUUCGCAGUACUGUAUUCAUAUUUUUCCAGUGAACUUUCUGAAUAUCAAAAUUUCAUAUUCUAUCUAUCGUUACCAGCGUCAAAUGUUGGAGCAUGUCGGUCUAUAGUGACACUGUCAGUGGCAAUUGAGAGAAUGGUGGCCGCCUAUGCCCCAAUAUUCUUUCACAACUAUCGCCACCGCUGUCCAACCGUCAUCAUUCUUAUUCUAGCAGUGAUUUUCGGUUUGACGGAAGACGUGGUUCUAUACGAGUUUUGCAACUUUCAUCUGAAUGUUCCCAAAAACUGCGCUACCUUUGGUUGCGCUAUAAACUCUUGUUUUUUGUACUAUUGGACCACUCAUAAAUCUACAAUUUUCGCAUUGAACUUUGUAUUUUCUUUGCUAUUGUGUAUUAAGUUAUUUAUCAUUAACAAUGUAAUGAAAACUGGAAAAGUCGAACUUUCAAGAGCUAAUCGUCUUGCACUUAUUGAUUCAGCCAUGGUGUUUAUGUUUGAUUUUAUGCCCAGUUUCAUUGCAAAUCAAUUCUCAACAACUCAAUUUUUCAGUUUCCAGAACAUUGGACCGUAUGGAACAGUUGCAAAACUACUCGGAUGUGCUGUUGAAGCAUUCCUGGUUUAUCGGAAAAUGCAAAAAGGAAAAAAAUCUAGUACUGUAGAAAAUAGUCGAACAAUGGGUCGGAAUUCGAAAAGGAAGAUCACCGAAGUUCGGGUUAACUGA